AUGUCUACUAUUGUUCAGCCUACUCCCAUUCGCUUCAUGAUGCCUUCAGCUCAGACUUCGGCGCCGUUCAUGCAUGCCCCUCAGAAGAACGGCUUGCGAGUUCCAUCAUCGCAAGACCUCUUCUCGGGUAUCAGUGCAUCUCUAUCGUCCAAUACCUCGAAGCGACCUGCCACGCCCAACCACCAAAUCUUCGAGUAUGACUACACCGUGCCCGCGCCUCCACCGCCUAGUCCCGUCAGCUUCCGGCCGGACUGCUGGCCCAAGCCUACUCGCUCAUAA